AUGGAGAGCCUGGGACGCAGCUCGUCCAGGAGAGCCGACAGCAGCGACUCGCCACUGGAGAAGACGCCGCGCAGAGACCUCGGUCCUUCGCGCUCCGCGGCGCGCAGCCUGGGAGUGAGCGGCUACGGCAGCGCGCCGGCCCGCGUCCCGGCCUCCUCGGCGCAGGCCGCCGGGGGCGAGUGCAAGAGGAGGCGCACGGAGCCCCCCCACGCCGUGCCCGCGGCGCGCUGGUGCCCUGAGCGCGUGGCGCUGCAGUACAUCGUGCCCUGCAUGAAGUACUACGGCCUGUGCGUGAAGGACGCCUUCCUGGGCGCCGAGCUGGGCGCCAAGGUGCUGCGGGAGGUGGAGACGCUGGACCAGAGCGGCAAGUUCCGGGACGGGCAGCUGGUGAGCCAGCGCAGCCUCCCGCCCCGCAGCAUUCGGGGAGACCGGAUCGCCUGGGUGGAGGGCCGCGAGCCGGGCUGCCAGCACAUCGGCGCCCUGAUGGCGCACAUCGACGAGGUGGUGAUGUACAGCUCGCUCAACGGCCGGCUGGGGGACUGCGUCAUCAACGGCAGGACCAAGGCCAUGGUGGCGUGUUACCCAGGCAAUGGGACAGGGUACGUGCGCCACGUGGACAACCCCAACGGUGACGGCCGCUGCAUCACCUGCAUUUACUACCUGAACAAGGACUGGGACUGCAAGGUUCAUGGGGGACUCCUCCAGGUCUUCCCAGAAGGCCGUUCAGUGGUGGCCAACAUCGAGCCCAUCUUUGACCGGCUCCUUAUCUUCUGGUCGGACCGCAGGAACCCUCACGAGGUGAAGCCAGCGUACGCCACGCGCUACGCCAUCACAGUGUGGUACUUCGAUGCGAAGGAGCGGGCAGAAGCCAAAGAGAAGUACAGGCUGGCUGCCGGCCAGAAAGGGGUUCAAGUGCCUGUGACUCAAAGCGGCAAGACCUAGCCCCGCGCGUGGCCCGAGACAGCCAGCCGGAGACCCCCGAGGGAGGGGUUCGUCUCCGUGGACACCAGCGAGCGAUCCCGUGCCGCAGCCGUGGGCCAGAGCCGCCUGCGCGGAGGGGCGGGGCACGGGGGACGGCCGCUCGCUGCAUCUUUUCUCCCGUCUCCGUUCCGCGGUCUGGUCAGGGAGCGCCGGACGCUGCCGGAGCGACACUCUGGGGCCGUGUGCGGAGAGGCGCGGCGAGACGGGCGUUGACCCUGAAUAUUUUUCACACUCUGAGCUGAGGAGAGGAAUAGGCUUCCGAUAAUCCGUGUGAGCUGUGGUCUGCGUACCCGACCGGCCGGUGGGCAGGACUCGAACCCGGAGCCGCCCAGACCCGAAGGGGUGCGAUGAGCGUUCCACGCUUCCACAGAGCGAGACUCGUGCCGGCUGGUUUGGCCUGGUGCUGUCCGAGGGUCCCUCGCGCCCGUGACCCCGUGGGUGUAUGGGCGGUCCAGACCAGCGCCCAGCAUGUGGGCGUUGGCAUGUUGGUUAUUUUUGAAACCAGUGUAUAUUUUUGCAGCCUGAUUUUUUUUUUUUCCUUGCAGAGCAGUAAACGUCAUCAGCAGUCAGGCGCACCGGUGUCCCGCGCUCUCCCCGAUCCCCUCGUCGUGCGCUUAGGGACAGGGUUCGAGCGCUGGGGUGGCCUCUGACCAGGGGUGCCAGACAGCCUGCCUCCAACCCGCGGUCCGGGGAGGGGCGCGAGUUAAAGCAGAGCGCGGUGCGGUCCGGUCAGACCCUCCGAGUGAGGCCAGACCCCCGUCUGUUCGCACUCCGAUUCUUCCGGCUCGUUCGGCGGGCGAGGUCUCCCUGGCUGGGCACGCCUGGGAGCCAGGCGGGUGCCAAUGGGUGAGGCGCGGGGAACAGGCGGCUCACGUUGAACUGCUAAUGGAGAGCAGCGCAUCUCCAAGUCAGGCGUCUCUGAAGGAGCUGCUAAUCAUGGUUCAUUGUCGCUGCCGGUUAGG